GAGCGGGACGCGCUGGGCAGAGCCCACGCCGCCUUGCGGGCCGAGGCAGCCGCGGCCAACUCGCAACUCGGCAAUGGGAUGGACAGCCUCAACAAGGCGCGCGGUACGCUCGGUGGCAUGCGCGUUCGGCAGUCGGAGCUGGAGCGCGAGAGGCUGGCCGAGAGGCGCGAGUGGGACGACAGGCUGCAAGUGCUGUCCUUCAGCCUCGAGCGCGGCCGCGCGCGGCUGCACGCGGGGGAGCUCGCGGCCGGCAACGCUCGGGCCGAGUCGCUGGAGGAGCGCGGGGCCCUCGCGGAGGCGAGGAGCGCCCUCGCGGCCUUCGAGAACCAGGC